UUUCAGGCGGGUUACUUGAUUGUGCUGCUGUUCACACUAAAAAUUAGUAAACAAACUCUGAUGUCAAAAUAAACCGUGUAACUGGCUAUGAUGCAUUUUACAAACUGCUGUAUAGAAAUAAUGCAUUAGUUUCAGUGUUCAUGGGUAUAAAGUGAGAUUUUAUUCGCUCUCUCUCUCUGUCUCAUCUGAAGAAUGGACCGACCAUCCAGCAGAAAUAGAAAAGCUGUUAACUACUCAGAUUUCCAAGAUGAUGACGAUGAGGAUUUUGCCUGUGUUAAACCUCCCCCCAAAAAAGCGCGGACAAUCUUCAAAGACCCUGAUUCGGAGAGAAGCCAAAGGAUUACAAGUGCGUCUCAAAAUCAUGUUGUUGUUGAUCUCACUGGGUCAGGAAACAGGAAGAGUUUGUCUCUGGAUGAUAAAAUGUAUGAAAGCGAUUUGGAGGCAGCUCUAACACUGUCAUUGCUGGACGCUUCUGAAAAAGAAGAGGAAGAAUGUGCAACCAGAACAGAUGAUCACUUCAAGUCUGAGCCUCUUCAAAGUUCACCACCUGUUCUAACACACUGCAGUGCUGAUGGCAAAAAUUUAGAUGAAGUUCAGCCACAUCCGGAUUCCCCUCCUGUGCUGUCAAACUGUAACACUGAUGGCAGUAGUUUAGGGUUGAAUGUGAUCAUCAGUAUGCAAGCCUCCCCUCACAGUGUUCCCAAACAGAGAAAAGCUUCUACGAAAGCCACAGAGCAGCAGAGAAAACUUCCAAAGGAGGAGAAUGACCAUGGAGAAGAUGAAGACUAUCAGCCACAAAACACACCAGAUUCAGAGAGCGAUGCAGACUUAACUGAGGAAGAUGAGAGUGAAGAUGAGACGUUCACAGUGAAGAACAAAAAGAAGACGGUGAAACAAAAAACAGAAAAAAAGAUCCCACAGGCAGGAAAGGACAAGAAAGAAAAGAAAGUGAAAAAGCCAGUAAAGGCUUCCAAAGCAAAAAUCACAGCCUCCACACCAGUGAUUAGUCAGAGUCCAGCUGCCUCUGUAUCUGGACUAAAGAAGACCCCCACUACUCCACCUCUCUCUAAUCCUGCACUCUGCUCCAGUCCUGUAGGGGGCAUACUGCCAAAGUGGAAUCCACCAGGUCUUGUUAGCAGGAGUCCUGGUGCAUCUCAGAAUGCAGUUGUGAAGUCUCCUGGACAGGGCCUGCGAUUAGGACUUUCCCGCCUGGCCAGAGUCAAACCCUUGCACCCUAAUGCUGCUGCUCACUAAACACACUUGUUUUAUAGACACAAUGUAAUUGGAAACUGCUCAACAUUUUUAUGGGGGGAGACUUGGUAGUUUCCCCUUACAGAGAGAAUUUCUAGAAAGUCCAUAUUAAGAUUUUUUUUGAAAGCUCUUUCAUUCUUUACUACUUUCUCCAGCUUUGUAUUGUUGUAACUUUUUUAAAUGUAAUUUUUAACACUUUGUAAAUAGGCACGUCACUACACAUUAAAGAUUGAGGAUAUGCUAAAAUUUGUAUAUGCUUGAUCUUAGCAUAAAAUUUUAUAUUUGCAAAGAGGUUUGUGUUUGCUCAUUAUUGUAGUUAUGGUAUCUACAGUCAGGGUAUUUACUGUAAUACUCAUGCAAUGUUUCCCUCUAGGGACCAAAGGGCUGUCGAAAAAUUGCUUUCCUCUCUAAACAGUGAGUGCUAUCAUCUCAUGACCUUUUAAUAACAAAUUAUUUAAAAACAUGACAAUGGGCUCCACUUGCCUACUAAAGAAAAGAGUACUGUUUUCUAAAGCUUCUUUGGAUCAAUAUGUAUUGUGAAAAGUGCUUUGCAAAAAAAAAAAAAAAAAAAAAAAAACAGAAACUGAAAA